CUGCAGAGGUUGCUGAUGGCGCCUGUUCUGUUUUGCAGGAAGCAGGAGCUGCUGAGCAGCACGGAUGUGACCCUCCCGGAGCGGCCGCUGUCCCCUCCGCUCACUGCCCCCCCCACCCUUCAGUCUGCAGAAUUCUUCGAGAUGUUGGAGAAGAUGCAGGCACCGAAACUUGAAGAUCAGAAAGCUGGAAGCCAAAAACAUAAGGAGGACUACAUCCCAUACCCCAGCAUCGAUGAGAUCCUGGAGAAGGGCAGCCCCUACCCGCUGGUCAUUCUGCCCCAGUUUGGGGGGUACUGGAUUGAGGACCCAGAGAACCUCGGCACACCCACCUCAUCCGACAGCAGUGUCUGCGAGGAGGAGGAGGAGAACUUCAGCCCCAGCCCCUACGGGUACAAGCUGGAGUGCAAAGGAGAGGCCAGAGCCUACAGGAAGCACUUCCUGGGGAAGGACCACUUAAACUUUUACUGCACGGCCAGCAGCCUGGGAAACCUGAUCCUGUCCAUUAAGUGUGAGGAGGUGGAUGGCACAGAAUAUUUACGGAUUAUACUCAGAUCCAGAGUGAAGACGUUGCACGAAAGGAUUCCUCUGGCAGGAUUUAGCAAGCUGCCCAGCAUCCCACAGAUAGCGAAGGCCUUCUGUGAUGAUGCCUCUGGACUGAAGUUUAAUCCAGUUCUGUAUCCCAAGGCCUCCCAGAUGAUAGUGGCUUAUGAUGAGCAUGAGGUCAACAACACUUUCAAGUUUGGAGUCAUCUACCAGAAGUUCAGGCAGACCCAGGAGGAAGAGCUGUUCGGCAACAACGAGGAGAGUGCUGCCUUCAGGAACUUCUUAAAUUUGCUGGGAGACACCAUAACACUGCAGGACUUUAAAGGUUUCCGAGGAGGCCUGGAUGUCAGCCACGGGCAGACGGGGGCUGAGUCCGUGUACACCGUGUUCCGGGACAGGGAGAUCAUGUUCCACGUGUCCACCAAGCUGCCUUUCACAGAAGGGGACACCCAGCAGCUGCAGAGGAAGAGACACAUUGGCAAUGACAUUGUGGCAAUUAUCUUUCAAGAAGAGAACACGCCAUUCGUCCCAGACAUGAUUGCCUCCAAUUUCUUACACGCCUACAUUGUGGUGCAGGUGGAGAACCCCGAUGCAGACACUGCAUCCUACAAGGUCUCCGUCACGGCCCGGGAAGACGUCCCCUUUGGUCCACCACUGCCGAGCCCGCCAGUGUUUCAGAAGAGCCCCGAGUUCCGGGAGUUCCUGCUCACCAAGCUCAUCAAUGCUGAGAACGCCUGCUGCAAGUCGGACAAGUUUGCAAAGCUGGAGGACCGGACACGUGCUGCCCUGCUGGACAACCUUCACGAUGAGCUCCACGGGCACACACAGACCAUGCUGGGGAUGGGGCCCGAGGAGGACAAGCUGGAGAACGGAGGACACGGAGGCUUCCUGGAGUCUUUCAAGAGAGCCAUCCGCGUGCGCAGCCACUCCAUGGAGACGAUGGUGGGCAGCCAGAGGAAGCAGCAUGGCGGCGGCAUCCCGGGCAGCCUGAGCGGGGGCAUCGCGCACAACAGCGGCGAGGUGACCAAGACCACCUUCUCGCCCCCGGUCUCGGCAGCCGCGGCCAAGAACCAGUCGAGGAGUCCCAUCAAGCGCCGCUCGGGGCUGUUCCCACGUCUGCACACGGGGUUGGAGAGCCAGGACAGCAGGGCGCGAUGUGACAGUAUUUCUGGAGCACAGAAGACACCAGAUGCUGGACAUUCAUCCCAGGAGAUGAAAUCUGAGACCUCAUCCAACCCCAGCUCCCCUGAAAUAUGCCCCAACAAAGACAGGCCCUUUGUCAAGCUGAAGGAGAACGGCCGGUCCAACAUCUCGCGCUCCUCCUCGAGCACCAGCAGCUUCAGCAGCACGGCGGGGGAGAGUGAGACACUGGAGGAGUACGACAGCGUGGGCAGCCAGCCAUCCACAGCAUCACCCUUCAAGCAGGACGUGUUCAUCUACAGCGCGUCGCCCGGCAGCGAUAGCCCGAGCGUGGGGGCUGCGGCCACCCCGGUCAUCAUGAGCCGGAGCCCCACAGAUAUAAAGAACAGAAACUCCCCGAGGUCAAACCUGAAGUUCCGCUUCGAUAAGCUCAGCCAUGGCAGCUCCAGCACGAGUCACUAGCAG